AGCAGCCAACGCGGAAGAGGAAGAGCGCGUGCCACGGGCGCACGCCGCUUCCUGUUGGUCGGUUUGAUCGUCGUUUCAGACUCACUGGUGUCACCGCCUGAGCCGCAGACAUGAGCUCUUUAGCCUUUAACACUCUGUUACUGGACAUCUCCAGUCAUCUCUCCAAAGAGCAGCUCGAGUCUUUAAAGUUCCUCUGCGGAGACGUCAUCCGCAAACGGGACCAAGAGAAGGUCGACACGGGCAUCAAACUGUUCCAGAUGCUCAUGCAGAGAGCCAAACUCGGGCCCGACAACACCGAGUACCUCAGCCGCCUGCUGACGGAGGUCCAGCGCCAGGACCUGAGAGACAAACUACAGAGCUUCAGAGGAGACGCACCGGGGGACGCACCGGGGGGCGCACCGGGCCAGAGGGACAAGCUGGAGCAUGCGGCAGAAGUGCUGUCUGAAAACCUGAGUCAUUCCUGGCGUAAGUUGGGCCGAAAGCUGGGUCUGACCGAGGUCAAACUAGCCUCUAUCUCCAGGAAGUACCCCACCGACCUGGAGGAGACCGCCGUGGAGCUGGUGCGAGAAUGGAGGAAGACCAAAGGAGAGCAGGCCACUGUGGAAGUCCUGCUCCAAGCGCUGAGGGACUGUCAGCUCAACCUGACUGCAGACACUGUGGAAGACCGACUCAACGCUCUAAAGGAGUGUCCUGUGGAGGAAACUCAUUCUGACCUUUUGUAACCACCAUCUUGUCCUUUCAGUCAUUACCCAAAGAAACUGCAGCGUGAAACUGCUGGUGCCUCUGGUCUGCAGGGUCACUUUACCUUUAUGACCAGCUCAUAUCAUGGGACUGGGUCAGCUGAACAAUGGAGGGCAGCCUGACCACACUCUGUGCCACAUUUAAAACAUGAAACUCUUAAAUCACUGUGGCUCGACUCCUGAAAACCCAUGUUCGGUCCUAUAAGGAUUCAGGGAAAAUGACUUAUUUAUUAUAACAGUCUUUGUGACUAAGAAGAAAACCAAGCUGGGUGCUGCGUAUUUAACAGACGAUAUGAGGUCCUCCUCUGUAGGGUGAGGGUUAGAGGCCGAGGCUUUGCACAAAACAUGAAUGGACCAUACAGUUAAUCACAAAAGUGCAGAAAUCUCACUUUAGAGCUUUAUUUUGAAGAUUGCAUUAGAUGUGUGUGCUCAUUUGAUUUUUAGUCUUAUUGGUGGUAUCAUUUUAAUUGUUUUGUUUAUAGACCUUACACUUGAUAGAAUAUGUGCUAGUGCCUUAUAAUGUUUAUACCUAUUACAUCAUUUUACAUAUUUCUGUAGGAGUUUGAAAUCAAAGUUUUUCUGUUGGUCAUUUUUAGUGACCAGAACCUGACUGCAUUUCUCUGAAUAUUGAUUUAUUGAAAAGUCAGGAAUCUCUGUUCAUUUUUAUUGACACUUUUAUUCACCAAAGUUCUUGCUGUGAUCCAUCAGUUCCCCGUGCUGUCUCUGUGUAAAAACAUUCAGAAAAGAUGUUAGUGCAUAUGCUCUACAUGUGC